GUGGCGCGGCGUCGCCGCCCGACCCCUCCCCCGGCCCCUCCUCCCAGCCGCGGCCCGGCCGCCCGCCGGCGGCUCUCGGGAAAUAUGAAGAGACGCUGCAGCUGCGGCGCCGGUGGCGGCCACUGCAGCUCGGAGCGGCGAGCGCGGCGGCCGGGAGCGGAGAGGCCGGGGAGGCUCGCCGAGAGGCCGCGUCGCCAACGCGGACGCCGGCAGGGCGCGGACCCCGUCGGGCCGACGGCGCCGAGCGAGCGCGCGUCUCGCAGCCCCGCGCCGUGCCCACCGGGCAUGGGGCGAUCGGCGGCCGCCCCCGCCGCCUGAGGCCCCGGGCCUGGCCCGGUCCCCCUCCCACGGGCUGCGGCCGAGACACGGCGUCCGCACGCGUCCCGCGCCCUAGAGUUCGCCCGGCUCGGCCCGAGGCGGAGAGCAGUGCGCGCCGGGCCGCGGGGCUGCCCGGGGACGGCUUCCGAGCGCGGCGACUGGGCGCGCCCCUAGCAGACUUGGAGAUGUCCUGGCCGUGCCGCCUCCUGUUUAGAUACCUGUUCCCGGCCCUGUUGCUGCACGGGCUGGGAGAGGGUUCUGCCCUCCUGCACCCAGACAGCAGAUCACAUCCUAGGUCCUUGGAGAAGAGCGCCUGGAGGGCUUUUAAGGAAUCACAGUGUCAUCACAUGCUCAAGCACCUCCACAAUGGCGCACGCAUCACCGUGCAGAUGCCGCCCACCAUCGAGGGCCACUGGGUCUCCACGGGCUGCGAAGUCAGGUCAGGCCCAGAGUUCAUCACCAGGUCAUACAGGUUCUACCACAACAACACCUUCCAGGCCUACCAGUUCUACUACGGCAGCAACAGGUGCACCAACCCCACCUACACCCUCAUCAUCCGGGGCAAGAUCCGCCUCCGCCAGGCGUCCUGGAUCAUUCGCGGGGGCACGGAAGCCGAUUACCAGCUGCACAGUGUCCAGGUCAUCUGCCAUUCGGAAGCAGUGGCCGAGCAGCUCAGCCAGCGGGUGAACCACACAUGCCCAGGCUUCCUGGAAUCCGGGGACCCCUGGGUGCAGGACGUGGCCUACGACCUGUGGCGAGAGGAGAAUGGCUGUGAGUGUACUAAGGCCGUGAACUUUGCCAUGCACGAACUGCAGCUGGUCCGGGUGGAGAAGCAGUACCUUCACCACAACCUUGACCACCUGGUGGAGGAGCUGUUCCUUGGAGACAUUCACACCGACGCGGCCCAGCGGAUGUUCUACCGGCCCUCCAGUUACCAGCCUCCGCUGCAGAACGCUAAGAACCACGAUCAUGCCUGCAUAGCCUGCCGCAUCAUCUACCGCUCCGACGAGCACCACCCUCCCAUCCUACCCCCAAAGGCUGACCUGACCAUCGGCCUACACGGGGAGUGGGUGAGCCAGCGCUGCGAGGUGCGGCCCGAGGUCCUCUUCCUCACCCGCCACUUCAUCUUCCACGACAAUAACAACACCUGGGAGGGCCACUACUACCACUACUCAGACCCCGUCUGCAAGCACCCCACCUUCACCAUCUACGCCCGGGGCCGCUACAGCCGUGGAGUGCUCUCCUCCAGGGUCAUGGGAGGCACGGAGUUUGUGUUCAAAGUGAAUCACAUGAAGGUCACCCCCAUGGACGCAGCCACAGCCUCGCUCCUCAAUGUCUUCAAUGGGAAUGAGUGCGGGGCCGAGGGCUCCUGGCAGGUGGGCAUCCAGCAGGACGUGACGCAUACCAACGGCUGCGUGGCCCUGGGCAUCAAACUACCUCACACGGAGUACGAGAUCUUCAAAAUGGAGCAGGACGCCAGAGGCCGCUAUCUGCUGUUCAAUGGCCAGAGGCCCAGCGAUGGGUCCAGUCCAGACCGGCCAGAGAAGAGGGCCACAUCCUACCAGAUGCCCCUGGUCCAGUGUGCCUCAUCCUUGCCCAGAGCCGAAGACCUGACAGAGGACGGUCGAGGCCACCAGUACAGCAGGGCGCCUGGGAGGAGAGCCAGGCCCCUGCUGCUCGCUGCCCUCGCCUGCCUCCUGACUCUCUUACAUUGUGACAUCCUCCGAUAGAAGUGUUGAGAGAGUUCUGUUUUUGCAAAGCCGGAUUCCUUACAAGUCACCAAUUUUCUUAUAAACACAAAGGACCUUGAUUGUUUUGAUGCACUUGAGUACUGGAGAGCUGUCAUUCCUUACCCUCCCUCCCUGCGCCUUUGAAGUUUCUGCUUUGAACCCCAUCCAGCCUGAGCGACUUCACCACAGUAAUUGCACUUUAAGACUGCAGGGAGUCCCAGGCUAGCGAUUGGUGGAGGGAGCAGAAAGGUGAGCGCCAGGCCCUAUUCCUUUUUUUUUUUUUUCCCUCCCUCUUAAUUAUUAUUAUUUUUCUGAGUUGAACUUAGAAGAAACACAUCUCCAGUUACAACUUCUUCUGCCGUUUUUCGGUGGCCGCUUCCUGUCCUGCCUUGAGACUGGCAUGCUGAGUUGUGGUACUGAAAUGCGAAGCAGAGCCAGCUCUGAGCAGCACACCUUGUACCCAUAGAGGCAUGUGUAUAGAUAUGUACAUAGGCAAAGACAAAGCAAGGGUUCCCGCAACCUUCAUGCAAGGCAGGAGGCCCUUUGAGCUCUUUGGGUGAGCAUCCCUGACGCGCUUCAAGGUAAUUUACACUGUCUUUACAUUAGUAGCUUUCACUUGCUGAGGGGAGACACCUUGCUCGCUUGCUGGCUUCCGGUGUUGGCAGAAGAAU